CAUUCCCGGCUUCUUCUUCUGAACAGAAACGCGAGGGCCGACGCAAUUCCUGGGCUGCCUGCAGGCAGAGGGAAGCCGAAGCGGUGCUGAAGAUGGGCCCAGUAGGUGCAGAGGCAGACGAGAAUCAAACUGCAGAAGCGAAGGUGGAGUCCUAUGGGCCAGGGCACACCACUCCUAGAGGAGAGCUGCCCCCUGAUCCAAAGCCGGAGCUCAUAGACAGCACCAAGCUGAUUGAGGUGCAGGUGGUCCUCAUCGUGGCCUAUUGCUCCAUCAUCUUGCUGGGGGUAGUUGGCAACUCCCUGGUAAUCCACGUGGUAAUCAAAUUCAAGAGCAUGCGCACAGUGACCAACUUUUUCAUUGCCAACCUGGCUGUGGCGGAUCUUCUGGUGAACACCCUGUGCCUGCCGUUCACGCUUACCUAUACUCUAAUGGGGGAGUGGAAGAUGGGUCCAGUCCUGUGCCAUCUGGUGCCCUAUGCCCAGGGCCUAGCAGUUCAAGUGUCCACAAUAACGCUCACAGUCAUUGCUCUGGACCGCCAUCGCUGUAUUGUCUACCACCUGGAGAGUAAGAUCUCCAAGCGAAUCAGCUUCCUAAUUAUUGGCCUGGCCUGGGGCAUCAGUGCCCUGCUGGCAAGUCCCCUGGCCAUCUUCCGGGAGUACUCGCUGAUUGAGAUCAUUCCUGACUUUGAGAUUGUGGCCUGUACUGAGAAGUGGCCCGGGGAGGAGAAGAGUGUGUAUGGCACAGUCUACAGCCUUUCCACCUUGCUAAUCCUCUACGUUUUGCCUCUGUGCAUCAUAUCUUUCUCCUACAUCCGUAUAUGGAGUAAGCUGAAGAACCAUGUCAGUCCCGGAGCUGCCGGUGACCAUUACCAUCAGCGAAGGCACAAAACCACGAAAAUGCUGGUGUGUGUAGUGGUGGUGUUUGCAGUCAGCUGGCUGCCCCUCCAUGCCUUCCAGCUCGCUGUGGACAUUGACAGCCAUGUCCUGGACCUGAAGGAGUACAAACUCAUCUUCACAGUGUUCCACAUCAUUGCCAUGUGCUCCACCUUCGCCAACCCCCUUCUCUAUGGCUGGAUGAACAGCAACUACAGAAAAGCUUUCCUCUCUGCCUUCCGCUGUGAGCAGAGGCUGGAUGCCAUUCACUCAGAGGUGUCCAUGACAUUCAAGGCUAAAAAGAACCUGGAAGUCAAAAAGAACAAUGGUCCCACUGACUCUUUUUCAGAGGCUACUAACGUCUAAGAGAGCAGGCGUGAAAGCACGUGGAUGAAUUGUGGCCGGAGCUGCCGAUCUGGCUGGUUUUCUGGGCGGUGCAUGCCGACCCUCCCACUGUACUGACUGAAAAGCAUCAGCAUGGAAGCUCUGGCAGCAUUAUUCCCGGAGGACGGCUGGCAGAGCUGACGUGAGAAUGCCGACAUUGGUCUGAUUGCCGACCUUCGCAUGGUGAAUUAUGAGUGAAGGAGGGAAGGAAAGCUGUACAGGGAGUCAGCAUCAGCCUGGCUGAAAGGGAGAAGUCAGAGUUAACUCCGAAGGCACAGUAGGAUCUGAACCAGAGGUGGUGUGGACUCCACUGCUCCCUCAUCACUGGGUGAAAAGCUGCUAAACCACCCAGAUGUCCCUAUGGAGCCAGAGGCUCUCUGUGAAGGUAUUUUGGUUUUAUUGUCCUUCCUGAGAGGAAACCCAAAAGAGACUGUUUCGGGAAAAACAUUGCUUCCUAGCUAAUGGGAUGACUGCAAGAGAGCUUCAAGAGAAGAAACACAUUUGCUA